AUGACUUUCUUCCAAGGCCAGUGUGAAGAUGACUGCUACUAUCCCUGCAGUUACAGCAGCCUGUACGGCUACCGGGGCUACGACUGUGGGAGCCCCUGUGGCAACCAGGGCUAUGGGGCUCUCUACAGCUCCCGGGGCCUGUAUGACUUUGGGGACCGGUAUGGCUAUGGGGGCCUGUGCGGUUACCGGGGCUUUUAUGGCUCUGGAGACUGCUAUGGCUAUGGGGGCCUGUACCGUGGCUAUAGGGGCUUCUACGGCUCUGGGGACUGCUACAGCUCCGGAGGUUUGUACAGUGGCCGGUACUGCUACCCCUCCUCUUCGCGGUACGGCCGGAGAUACUCCUAUGGGGGCUGCUACUCCUGCUAA